GAAAAGAAAUGGUCAAUUUAACCAUGUGUGUUUUUAUUUUGUGUUAUUAUUAUUAUUUAUGUUUAAUCAAAAACAAAACUUGUACAUGUGGAUAAAAAUAUGUUAUUAAUUAUGAACUUUGUCCACACUUAUACUUGAACAAAUGUCAUUUUGUUAUUAUUUAUUUAUAUAAAUUUAUUUAUAGUACCUGCUUAAAAUCACAAUUGUUAUCAGUGUUAAGUAAAAACAAAAAAUAAUUAAACAUUUUUUAAUAAAGAUAUCAUGAAUGUUAUGUAUAUAACGAAUUAUCAUCAACAAUCAGUAAUUAUAAUAUGAUAAUUAUCUACAAUGGAUAGCCCCGAAAGUGAGGAAAAAGUCGUCCUCGAAGCUGACAAAGUAUUUGUUUUAAUGAAAAAUGGUUUUCCUAUAUCACGAAAUGUUAGAGCCCAAUGGAUUUUAGAUAAUUUAGAUACAAUAAUAAAUAUUAAAUCACCAGAAUGUGACAAUGAUGAUAUACCAGAAUUAGAAGUAAUAUCAAUUGUACCUUUAAAUUUUCCAUCAUCGUGGAACGAUGACAAUAGUUAUCUGUAUCAGUACAGAGUUACCUCAUCAACUUCUAUUAUUUUUCUUGCUCAUAAAUACAGAAUGGUUGUUUGUUUAGAUCUUAGUCCAUCACUUGGUACUAUUGAUAUUCAACGUGGUGAAAUAGUUUUAGAUGAAGUUUGUACAGCAACUAAAGAAUUUUUAGAAAAUAUUUCAAAACCUUUUCCUAUUCCAGGCAGUAAAAUAAUUCUUAGACCAGAAAUUUACGUAACAGUAAUAGCUCAUACUCCAUUUAUAACAAAUUCAGCUCAAAAAGUGAUAAUCCAAGGAUGGCUUAUAAAUACGAAAAAUAUUGAUGAUCUUAUGAAAGUUAUUGAAAAACGAUUAAUUUCAUUAGAAGAAAAAAUUGCUCAUAUUACUGGUAUGAUUUAUCAUCAUCAAGAAAAUUUCCGUCCUGACAGUAGUGGAUUGGUUAGUGGACUUUUUGAAGAAAGAAAUUCUGUAGUUAAUUCUAGUAUAAAUAACUCUAUAGGAAAUUUAUCAAUACUUUCUCCUGAAACAACUUUUAUAAAUAUGUUACGAUAUGGAUUACUUGCUGUUGCUCUACUACCUGAUCAUAGUUGUGCAAAUUUAGUUGUUAUAACGGAUGGUAUACUUGCAACCACUGAUAUUCACGUAUUAGACUCAAUAGUACAGCAAUUUCGAGUAUCAACAGUUGCUUGUAGUUUCAUACAUCUAGGUAGUGCAUAUCAUCCGCAUUGUGCCAAUGGAUUAGUAUCAUAUCCAGAUCUCUUAUGUUUUAUUGCUACAGCUACUUUAGGUUGUUAUAUGACAUUUAUGCCACCGUUAUCAUCUUCCGAAUCAGAAAUAAAUGUUUAUCAUAAUAAUUUCUUAUGUUGGAAAUUAUAUCGUUCUGAAUUAUGCCACAAUACCCAUAAAUCAAAUUAUUGGUUUACAAAAAAUGGAUUAUUUUAUGGGAAUAAACAAAUACAAUUAUUAAGAAAAAAAUUAAUUGAAGAUAAAGUAACAUGUACACUGAGUAGUCUUUUGUGCUGUCGACUACGAGACGGAUAUCUUAUUAAAAAAUUUACUAUGAGAGACGGUUGCCUUGAAAUUUAUUUUAUACUUCCGUGGAAAAUAAAUGUCUUCCUUGAGUACUGUGUAUGCUGUGCAUGGCCACCUAAAUCAUUAGUUACAUGCAAUAAAAUACAGUAUACAAUAACAGUAGAAGCGACAUAUGAAUUUCUUCAUGAUAUUACUUGUUUAUCAAAAAAACCAUUAAAAUCACCGUAUCGUCAAAGUGUUGUAUCUAAAUUUUGGGCUACACUGUCAGCAUUAACAGAGAGUAAUAAUAUGCUUGAACAUUUUAGCUGGUUUCCUGAACCAGGUUGGACUUGGUAUAAUGUACCUGAUACCAUAAAAAGUGGCAUGCCGGUAUUUAAUUUACCAGCUUAUCCACAAGCUACGACAAUUCAACUUAGUGAUUCAGCUUAUCAUCAAUUCGGAAAAAUUUGGCAACCUGUUGCAUCUUUAGAUUCAAAUCAAUGGGCACGUUGGAUGCAUUCACAACGUGUUACUCUUAUUUUGGCACAUGAUCGUCCUCUGCCAAAAUAUCUUCAUCAAGCUAAUCAAAGUGGACGUUUUCAAUCUGUUCAAUAUAGACAAGCUGCUGCAGUACUUUAUGCAAUGCUAAAAAAUUGGGCAACAUUUGUACUUGUUGAAAAUCAUACGUAUGUUAAAUUUAUUCAAAAAGAAACUGAAAAACCACCUCUUUCAUUUUCUGUUAUAAGAAUUAAUUGUAAAGCUCUGUGUGUUGUAUUAAAUGUUGCGUUUGCUGGUGGUACAGAGGGUGUAAUACGUCACAAUGUAGUGACUGAUUUAGUCGAUAAAUUAUCCAAGUUAACAUUACCAAAUCGUCCAAUGGAACAACGAGGGACCUCUCCUUGUUGUACAAUUAUACAUAAAGCUUUAGAAAAAAUUUUAAUAAGAUAUGAACGUUUACCGAUUGAUUUAAGUACUACUGCUGUUUCUGACGGAACACAAUCAAUGCCACUUAAAGUUGCACAAAUUCCAGGAGGAAUUAUAACUACGACAUUAUCUAGAUAUUUGCAUCAUAAUCGAUGGCUGUGGAAUGUUAAAAAACCAACUAUACAAACUAUCCCUGGAAUAAAUAUGCGAAGACUGAGUAUUACUGCGAUAGCUAGAAUACUCUCGACAAUAACUAAAAUGAGAUUGACAGAAGGAUUUAAUUUUUCAUAUUCGACGGCUGGAAUCAUUAAUAUGGUUUUAGAAGUACAGAUGCAGGGAUUACAAGAUGAUCAUCAUCCUUGUAUUAUUCAAUACAUUAUUUUUCCUCCACACACAAUAACUAAUCCCACGUUAGAACGAAAUACGGAGUCAGAAGAAGAUACAGAUCCAGGAACAGGUGAUGGAGAAGGGUGUGCAGAAGAGAAUGAAAGCACAGGAGAUUAUCAAAUUGUUACUGAAAUAUGGAUAGAGCCACAAUGCGGGCAAGUAAAAUUACCUGCACAUCUUACCGCUUCAUAUAUGAGUUCUUUAUUAUAUCAUGAUUUAUCGAAUGCGAUAGCUCAAGUUGAUGAAGAAUGUUUUAAUGCAUUACUCACACUAGAGCAUUUGAUUCUACUAACGCAAGUAGAACCUCGUGAUAGUAAUAAUGUUAUAGCUAAUGGAUAUCCACAUCAAUUAUCUCAAUAUGCUCAAACUAAUUUGCACAAAAUUCCAAGACAAAUAUCAGUAUCAAAUUUUACACACUCUAGAAUUUUAUCUGAUGAACAACCUGAUGAAAAAAUUUAUUCAAAAUUUUUUAAUUUUGAUAUGAUCAACAUUUUGUCUAAAUGUCAACAAGCCGAAUUAUUAUUUUCAAUGUUUGCUGAUGAAAAUCCUGAAGGAAGUAAUGAAGAUACUAAUAAUAUUCUUAUUGAGUGUUUAAUGGAUCAAAUGAAAAGACUUCAUAAUAAAGAACUUAUAUUAAGUACUUCAGAAUCACAAAAAUUUACUGAAAUGCUUAUUAAUAGAUCACGUGAGGAUGCUCGACCACUUCCGUUCUCGAAUAAUUCAGAUGAUAAACAACUUAAAAAUAUUCGAUGGCGUUGUUUUAUUAAAGGUGUAAAUGUCGCACAUAUAAUAAUAUCAAUUUUACCAGCUACGGAAAAAGAUGUAAGAAAUUUAGGUUCUCCAGUUGCUAAAUCGCGAAAAUAUUCACGUGAUAAAUCGUUAGAAAAAUUAGAUUCAUUAAACCAACCAGUAUCAAUAACUGAUGAACAAGUUCCAUCUUCUUUAAUCGGUAGUCCAAAGAAAUUUGAAAUUUCUUCAAAUUUACGUAUGAUUGAUUUUGAAUCAAAUUUAUCGAGUCGUACAACAACUGCUGAAAGUACACCAAAAAUAGAAAGACGAAGACGCAUAUCAUCGACAGGAGUUAAAGCUGGAUUAAUAUUCCCAAUAUAUGUUUAUGAUUGUUCUUUAGCUUUGUUGAUUGAGGUACUGGUAGGUAAAUUGAAAACACCUAAAUCAAAAGAUAUUUAUCAAAAUAAUACAUUUACCAUUGGUCAACAUUUACAAGAAGAUUUUAUAAAUCUCAAACCACCAAAUGAAUCAACAUCUCCAGAACCAAAGAGUGAGGACUCCGAUAAUUUAUCAAACGAUCAGCGUAGUUUAUUAGAGCAUUGUAAAUUAUUAACUUUAGCUCACUGCCACUGUUAUGUUGUAGCAGUUUAUAAGUCUUUAGCUCUUCAACUUCAUCUUUCUUAUGAAGAUAUGGAAGCUGCAGUUGAACAAUGUGAAGAAUCACUUAUUGAAAUUAAUAUAACAAAUUAUCUUCGUACUGUUUGUAAACAUCUAAAUAAUUUACCAUUAAAAUCUGAUGAUUCAAAAGAAUUAAAAAAUUUUAAAAAUACUACAUGCUCUGAAGUUCAGCAAUUACAUAAUUUAAUAAGAGAUAAAUUUCAAAAAAUAAUAACUGUUGCAUUUAAACCAGUACCAGCUCACCCCGAAUUUUAUUAUUGUUCACCAUUACAUCAUUCUGAACGAUUAGAUUCAAUGGAAUUUCAUCGUUCUGAUAGUGAUGAUGAUUUAAAUUUUAUAUUUCAUUCAGAAGCAAUGGAUUGUAAAAUGGAUAAUACUGUUGGAAAAAAUAAUAUAUCAUUAAAUGCUACUUGGCCAAAUAUUAAAAAUAAAAAAUUACAAGUUUAUGAUUCAACAGAAUCACUUAUUAGUGAUUUACAUGAAGAUGAAAAUAAUAUAAGAGAACAACCAUUAUUUUUACAAUUAAGUUGUUCAGUACACUCUGGUUCUAAUUUUUUAAGUAUUCCUGUUAAAUUAUUACCAACUUGUUUUUUUUCUGAUAUUAAACAACCAUUAGAUGAAUUUGGUGAUAUUGAUUUAAAAAAUUUAAAAAUUACAUUAGAUAUAAUAUGUUUGAAUUUACCUAAAGAUAUAUUGGAAGUUAGUACUGAAAAUGAUAUUAAAGUUAAAUCAACAUCUUACUGCAGUUCAUCUUCAACUGGUAGUAUUAGUACUGAUAGUGAAAGUUAUCCAGAAAAUGAUAAUGCACUAGAUAAUGAACCAGUUAAAGAAAGAAUAUCUCAUCUUCCACCUUAUCAACAUCACGCAAUUUCAACUCUUACAUCUGAAAUUGAAUGGUUAUUAAAAGAUGAAAUAGUAACAGCACUUCUUGAUAUCAAUCCACCAACAGAAGAAACAUUACAUUUUGUAGCUCGACAUGUUGCUGAUUCUAAUGGACGUACUAGCUGUCAUUUUGAUAAAGUACCACUACAUUUUGUUUUUUCAUCAACAAAUAAUGCACCUAAAUUUUAUGAAGAACUUAUUAAAAUGGAAAUUGAUCGUUAUAAAAUAAAACAAUUAAAAGAAUUUUUAUAUUUUGUUAAAGAUGAUAGAUUAGUUAAUAACAAUACUGAAAAAAUAAAUGAUAGUACUGAUAUAAAUAAUAAAUAUGAUGAAGAAAAAUCAUCAAUAAUACCAGAUUUAGAUUAUUCAGAUUGUUUACAAGAUAAUAAUAAUAGUUGUACAAGUAGACAAGAUUCUGGUGAAUUACCUGGUUGUCAAUCAGAAGUAUCUAGUAUUGGCGAAGGACGUCCAGGUACUGAUGAUGGAUAUGAUGGUGACAGUAGUAAUUCAGAGGAUGAUUGUUAUUGGCUUGUUGAUUUAGAUAAACGUCGUGAAUUACUGCCAAAUUUUUGGCUAAUUUUACAAGUUCGUCGUAAUCAUGUUGAUGUUUAUUUUCAUUGUCGUUUUUUAGAAAUAGCAUCACCAGAAGUUGAUCGUUAUAGACAAGUACAAAAAAUGGUUGUUUCACAAAUAGCAACAAUAUGUCGUCGAGUUAAUCAAUAUUUAUUAUUAGAAAAUCUUCAUGAUACACGUAAUUGUGAUACAUUGUUAGAGCCAGAUUUACAUGAUGAUCAUUUAAUACGAGCUGAUUCAUAUAAUGAUUCAGGAUCAGUAAUAAAACAUGAAUCAAUUGUAAAUGUACCAGGUAUGUUUAGAUGUUCAGUUGUUUGGGAAGAAAUUUUUUGUUUACAUCCACGAUUAAAAACAGGACCAGGAAGAUCUGGAUUAUCACGUGGUAUUAAAGCACUUCAAGUGGUAUUGAAUCGUUUUUCUGUAAAUAAUCGUAAUAAUAUGUUUGUUUAUCGUGAAAAUAAUUCAAAUGUAUUUUAUUUAAGACUUCAUGAACAAACAAGUGAUGGUAAAUCACUUCAAAAUAAAUUAUCUGAAAGUGAUGAAAGAUUAAUGGUGUCAAGAAGUAAUAGUAUUGCAUCUUUAUCGCAAUCACGUAUAAGUGGAUCACAUCAAAUGGAUUUAAGUAAAAUAGAUGAUACAAGACCACGUGUUAGAUCGUUUGGAGAAAAAGAUUCUGAUUAUAUGAACAAAUGUGAUGAUUCAAUAGUCCUUAUGGUACAUGGAAUUUCCGAACCAGGUUUAGAAAUACGUCGUGAUUUAGUUCAAGUAUUGCAUAACAGACUUGAUGAUGCUGUACUGGAGGUAUUAUCUGUGAUGUUAGCUAGAAAUCCAAUGUGUAAAUUAACACCAGCUGAUGUACAUUUUAUUCAAAAACCAUAUCGAUCACCAGAAAGUUAUGUCCAAUUUUCUGUACAGCCUUAUUAUAUUAAACAUAUUGACGCAUUGGCAUAUUAUUUACGACAAAAUAUUUUACAAUUUUUAUACAUUCCUAAGUAUACAGAUCCACGUGCUCAUUAUCAUUUGCAAGAUUAUUCACAGCCUGAAGGUUCAAAAAAACGUGUCCCUGAAACUGACAUUUUUUUAAAUAAUCAAAGUCAAUCAAGUGGAAAUCGUGGAAUAGCUUGCAUUGCAAUGGCUAUUGAUAAGGAAAUAAUAUUAUCGAGUGAUAAAAUUUUUCCGGAUUCAAUGAGAAUGAGUGAUUUUUCAGAUGCGCUUUCAACAUCUGUUUAUGAAGGUAAAACUCGUUCUGUAUCUAUAUCAGAUGUACCUAUUGAAUUUCGUAUUUGGAAACAGGGACGAGUUAAUGUUGAAACAUUAAAAGAAAAACUUGGGGCUGCAAUAAAACACGCUAUUUGGGAUUUAAUUACGGAAUUUUAUCUUUUUUCUGUACCAUUAACUGUACCUGUUAAAAAUAAUUUAGUAGAUUUAAAUGAUGAUGCAAAUGAUAGUUAUCAAUCAUCAAGUAAUAUUAAAAAUUCAGAGCAAAUAAAAUUAAAUUGUAAUUCUUAUGAGUUAGGAGAAAAAGGUGUGCUUAAUGAAAUUUAUCACAAAACUUUACCGUGUUGGUUUCAAUUUGCAUUAGACAUGAGUGUAUCAUCAGUACGUAAACAUGUUGUAAAAAUAAAUCACAGACAUCAUAUUUCAACAACAGUAAAAGAAUUACAAAAUUUAAUUCGUGUUAAUGCUCCUGAUACAUCUACACGUGCAUUUGUACUAGACCAAAGUCAGCCAUUUAUUAUAAAUGAUACAGUAUCACCAGAUACUUAUUUACCAUUUAAAAAAUUAGAUUCACUAAAUGAUGAUGAUGAAAUAAAAUAUAAUCCUGACAAUUAUUCUUUUGAAUUUGAUGAUGAAAAUAUAAAUUAUGUGCCAUAUGAAUUUGAUCAUGACGAUACAAAAUCAUAUUCAAAAGCAGUUAUUGUCGCUAGAAACUUUAAUCAAUGGAAAGCUUCAUACAGUAAUAUUUCUGAACCAGAUUUUUUAAUGCCAAAAGAUCAAAAAUUACUUCAAAAAUUUAAUCCAUUAAUUCAAGAAUCAAAUUUUAUUCCACGUCAACGUUUACUUUUGGCAAAAGUACAAGGUGAUGAAUUUAUUUUAUAUAUAUAUAAUUGGUCAAAAGAACGUUCAGAAAAAUUAAUUAAACAAGCAACAAAUUUGGGUACAUGGUUAUCUUCAAGAUCUGUAUUACUUUCAAAUGUAGUAAUGCAAAAAUUAGGAAUAUUUCAUCAUCAACCAAUGGAAUCUUAUCAUUUACGCGACGAUCAUUGUCAAAUAACUGAUAUUGAAGCAGUAACAAAAUUCUCAACAAUGUAUAAUGCUGAUAGUAGUGAUUGGUCUAAAUCAAGUCAGAGAUUGUCAACUGGUAGAAAUAUUCAUUAUCCUUUAGUAAGUCAAGUAAUGCGUGAUGCAAGACCAAAUAUGUAUUAUCCUCCAAAUACAUUUGAUCCUGUUGUAAAAGCAGUACAUGAUCUUCAAGAUUUACAUCAACGUGAACGUAAAAAUAAAGAAGAUCUUACAAGAUUACAUACAAUGUGGCAAAGUAGAGGUGCUGCACCAAAUAUACCAAUGUCAUCAACAAAUAUAAAUACAUUUAAACGGUAUUCACGUCUUAUACAUUACUGUUAUACACCAAUACUUUUUUUACCUCAAUGGAGAUUUCAAUCAGCAGCAACUAGAGAUCAUUCAUUAACACCUCCGUCAUCUAUUUCACCAAUAAAUUCUCAAUGGCAAUCAUCAUUAUCAUCAGAUAAUUAUCAAAAAGUUGGAUCAAGUACUAAUGAAACAACAACUUGGCAUCAAGAAUUAUGUAGAUCAAUGAUGUUUGAAUACAAUCAAUAUUUACAAGAACUAGGUUUUAAUCUUGUCGAAAUAGAUUCUUCUAGUCAUAAAAAUUCAAUUGAAGAAUCUAAUCAAUUAAGAAAAAAAUGUUAUUUAAAAAAAUCAAUGCUUGGUGGAAUUUUAUUAUUUGAACUUUGUUUAGAAGAGCCAUUUUUUACAGCUAAAUUACAUGUAAUUGAAUGUAAUCGCUUACAAAAUAAAUCCGGUGCUACUUUAGUUAAUCAAUUUAUAUUAAGUUUUGUUGACACUUGUGAAAAAGUUAAAAUUAAUAUGCAUUUACAUUCAUUUACAUAUGAUUUUCAUUUACGAUGUAUUCAUUCAUAUAUUUCUGGAAUUGGACAAUGGUCAUUAGUACAGGGUUAUCAUAUAACUCAUUUUUUAGAUGAUUUUAUAAAAUACUACAGUAAAGCUCCUAAUUUUGCAAGAAAUCUUGUAUAUAGUGAUGUAAUUACUGUUAAUAAUUUAACAACACCAGCUUCAACCCUUUACUCAUACUUAUUGUCACAUGAAAAAACUUAUGGUAUGCAAGUAUUUGGUAUGACAAGUGAUUCACUUGAUAGUCAAGAUAGUGAAUAUGUAUUAGUACGUUUACAAAAUACACCGUCAGUUAAUUAUUGUGAUAUUCAAGAUAAUAAAUAUACUGAUGAUUUUACUGUUAUAUUAAUAGUAUCAAAACAAGAUUUACCAGUGCAAUUUGAAAAAAAUGAAAUAAUAUUAAAAUAUUAUUUAAUAUUAACAAGUAAACGUGAACUAUAUCCUAAAAAAGAAGUUGAAAAUAAUAAAUUAGGUAAAUUUCGUACUGUUUAUAGUAUCGUUAAAACACCAAGUGGUUCACAUGUUGAAAGUUCUGUUGAAUCCACAUCAACAACACCAACACCAUCGUCCAAUAGAAGUUCUAGAGAUGAAACAAAUGUUGAUUAUGAACUUACAGAUAAUAAUAUAAAUACGACUGAAUUUAUAAAACAAGAUAGUAAUAAAAAUAAUAUCAAAGUUGAUAAUGAUGAUGAUGAUGAUGAUGAUGAUAAUAAUAAAGAAAUAAGUGAUAAUAUUAUUAUUAAUCAAAUGUUUGCGCCUACACCACCACCAGUGCCAAGCUCACCAUUAACAAGUGCAGGGACAAUAACAAGAUCAUCGAUGAGUUCUCCACAUUUAAUUCAAAUUCGCCGAGAGUCUAUUAAUUAUUUGGGUUAUUAUUCAUCUCAUGAGCAAUUAAUGCAACAACUUAUUAUUUCUCAAGCACGUGCAGUUCGUCAACAUAUCACUAGUAUGAUUGAAAAAGGUAUGUUACACUGCAGAACCCAUCUAUUAUGGAAUAAAUUAUUAGAAAAUAAAUCUACAAUGUCUUAUGCUGAGUUUACUGAACUUCGAUCACUUGCUAAAGUUGAGCCAUUAUCAAAUCUUGAUUCACGAUUAAGUCCACUUAUUAAUCAGCCAAUUAGUUGGUAUCAAGCACUUGCUAAAGUAUUGCAAAAUAAAUAUCAAGAACAUCAUAAACAAUUUAGUACUCCAGAUGGAAACAUAAGUCAUCAUUUGAUAUUACAUCCCAGUUAUCUUCAAGUAUUUAUGAUGCUGACUAUUGACCUUCAUACCUCACGAGGUGAAUUGUUUGCGGUUUAUCGAAAGUCUGGUGAAAUAACAAGUACACCGUUUAGUGUAAGCGAGAUCCAUAAUUUAAUUGAAGGCUUCGUUAAUGCGUGUUGCUUUCAUUUAUGGAUGGGUCUUUACAAUCAAUAACAAUACAUUAUCAUUAUUAUUGGAUUUAUAUAGACUACUAUUAAUUAAUAAUAUAUAUAUAGUAGUCAACUAUCGUUGAUUAUUAAUCUCAUUUCCACAUCGUUGAUCACAACGAAUUUGGCUGUAAAAAACUAUAUUCUCAUUACGAUGUGUAUGUACGUGUAAAUAUUAAAUAUAUAUUUUUUUCUGUUAUCAAUCUGGCUUUUUUUUGUUUGUUUACACUGAUAAUUUAAAUUUAAAUAAUAUAUGUUUAUGUCAAGUUAUGAAAAUUUUAACCAAUUUAUUAAUUUUAUUGUUAACUAAUUAUUCAAGUUCAACGGUAAACUUUAUUUCGUUAGAGUUGAAAAAAAAAAAUUACAAUUUGUUUUUUUUUAACAUCACAUUCAAAUGAUUAUUAUUAAAAUGAUAUUAUUGUUAUUAUUCUUAUUAUUAUUAUUAAUUAAAAAGUAUUACUAUAUUACGAUAUUAAUACUAAGUGUACAACCAUACAUCUGUCGGGAACUGAGGACUCAUCUUACGUAAACGAAUUAUUUUUUGUGUAUAUUUUCCAAGUUUGUUUGUUUGUUUUUUUUUUUUUUUGUUUUUGUUAUUAUUUUUUCAUUAGGCUCUUUAUGAUUUUAUUAACAUUCACACAUAACAA